UUGCCCGCCGAAGAAGAAGAGCAAAUGCGCUCCAAUGAACAAUCAAUCAACAACUUGAAAAUUUGGCAAAUUUCCCAACAUGUAAGUAAAAAAUAUGAGAAAUUCUCUGAAAUUCCAGUUUGAAACUAACAAAAUUCAAAUUUUUCAUGUGAUACGAAAAAUGCUAAAGCUCUAUUUUUAUUUCAAAAAUAUUCUAAUAUCUAGUCAAAAAUUGAUACAUUUUUUGUGUUGCAAAUUCUAAUUUUAAAUACAGUUUUUUGCGAAAUUGAAAAAAUUUCACUGUUUCAAGGUUUUGAUGUGAGAAUUGGUGUAAAAUUCAUUUUUGGUGACAAAAUAAUUCACUAUUGGAUUUUGAAAAAUCGUUUUUCAACUGAAAAAUUAUUAAAUGUGGAAACAGUGAGUUUUCCUUUUUAUUUUUCAAACUGAGAAAUUGCACUGUUUCAAAAAUUUUUAUUUACAAAAAAUAAGUAUGGCAUUGUUUUGAUACGGCAUUUUUUCGAAAAUUAUAAUUUCCAACAUUGUUUUCAGCGUGGAAUUGGUGCUGCAACUGGAGAUCCGCAACACAUCAAAUUAAUCCUGGAAAUUAAACAUCAACGACAAAAUUCUGGUAAUUUUUUUCAUUUUUUCUCAUUUUUGGGUGAUUUUUGUGGCAUUUCCCCCCUUCUUCCCGCCAUUUUUCACUAUUUUUGUUAUUUUUCCUCUCCUCUCCUAUUUUUUCCGUUAUUUCUAGCCCCACCCGCUUCUACUUCUCGAUCAGCCGCCGAAAAACGAAGCAAAUCACAACCGCGCUCUUUCUCGCAACGGAAUUAUCAGCGGAAAACGGAAGAAGCUGCGGAAAAUAUUCCGGAACCACCUUCCGCGUCGACUUUGCCCAGAGAGAAACCGAUUGAUGGUGAGUUGCUUUUUGCAUGGAAGAUUUGGGCUUUGCAUGGUUUUUUGGGAGAUUUAGGCUCAUUUUGAGCCCAGUUUUUAGGGCCUUAAUUUUGAGGUACGGGCUAAUUUUCAUAAGGUCUUCUUUAGGCUCAAUUUUGAGGUACGGGUUAAUUUUAGGUCAUUUUUACCAGCUACAGUAAUCCGAACUGCAAAAAUUCCUUAAUUUUUCUUUCCAAUUUUUCUGAAAUUAACCCAGAUUUCAUCAGCUACAGUAUCCCGAACUGCAAUUUUUUUCCGAAAUUUAUGAGCUACAGUAAUCCGAAAUAUUCAAGCUUUUCUGAAUUUUCUAAUUUUUCUUUUUAAUUUGAUUGAGCUACAGUAACCCGAACUGCAAAAUUCUCAGCUUCUCGUUCCUAUUUUUCUGAAAUUAACCCAGAUUUCUUUUUUUUUUUCAUCAGUUACAGUAACCCGAACUGCAAAAAUUCUUUAAUUUUUCUUUUUAAUUUGAUUGAGAUACAGAAACCCAAACUGCAAAAAUUGCUAUUUUUCUGAAAUUUACUGAUUUCACUCCGAAUCGGAUCAUCUACAGUAACCCGAACUGCAAAAACUCUAUUUUCGCUAAUUUUUCCUGGCUCCAAAUUUUUUAACAUCAAAAAAGUAUUCUUGGACAUUACAGUAACCCAAACUGCAAAAUUCACCAAAUUUUAUCAUUUUUUUUUGCAGCCGAAAGAAGUGGAAUAUUAAAUCGUCGAUCAUUGAGUAUGGAAAGUAUCGUAAAUCCAUCAACAUCUUCUCCAGCAGCACCAACAUUUUCAUCAAUUACAAAUUCGAAAUCUUCAUCUUCUUCAACACCUGGCGGACAUCCAUUUCCACCUGGAGCAUCGCCACUUUUGAGAAGGAAAAAUAAUGAGGAAAAAUUGAGACAAUCAGAUAAAUCGAGACGGAAAAGUGUGGGAAAGUGAGUGUGUUUUUGGGGAGGGAUUUUUGAAGUAGUAAAUUUCUGACCUGAAAUUGACAUUAUAAAUUUUGGGGGGAUUUUUGAAACAGUAAAGUUUUCCUCAAAAUUUUGACUAAUGUUCACUCUACCCAAUAAAAAUAAGAAAAAUACUUGAAAAUUUACCCGAAAUUUGUAACAGUAAAAUUUUAUUAGUUUCAAAAUGGAAUUUCAGCGGAGAUGCGAAAGCUAUGCCCAAAUUUUGAAUUUUUAGAGAAAAAAUCUUGUUUUUUUUUUUGUUUAAAGAAAAUAAAAACAAUUUAUUUUUUCAGUUCGAAAUUCAAAAUUGGCCCAAUUUCAUGGUAG